AUGAGGGACUCGCCCGAUGCCUUCGCGGCAACCUUGGAAACGGAAGAAUCGCACCCUGCGGAGAAGUGGCUGGAGCGCAUCCAGCAAGGCUUGGUUCUCUCCUGUGGCUCUUCUGGAUGCGAUCUUGGCUUUGUUUGGGCCGUGCAGAGACAAGGUGCCGUGACUCUGGGCUUGUGGGUUGCCCCAGCGAGUCGGCGCCGCGGGAUUGGAGGAGCACUGUUAGAUGCCGCGAUCGGCUGGGCACGUGAUGUCGGGGCAAGCAAGCUCCUGCUCAACGUGGCAGACGGGAAUGAAGCUGCCAUGCGUCUAUAUGAGAGCAAGGGUCUGCAGCGCACGGGAAGUACCGGAGCCCUGCCACCUCCACGCCACCACAUCGUGAAGCACCAGUUCCUCUUGGAGCUGUGA